AUGCGAAGAAAGAUGGAAGAAGACGACAUCGGAGUGGAUACCCACCAGCCCGCGGAGUUCAACGCGUCCAAAGUUCCAUGCCCCGACCAAAGGGGUUUGUCAAUUCCUGGGGUCGCCUGCCUGGGCACUUCCGCCAUCCCGGCCAACUGGUCGUACACAGGGAUCCACAAUCCACAUGUGUUUUUCUUGCAACUUUUCAUCACCACCCGGUGUAAGAACUAUGCCGAGUAUUCCCACUUAGCCAAAAUCCUAUUGCAAGAAGCACGUGUGCCUUACCACGAGAAUGGAAGGAAUACGGCCUCGCUUGUGCCCGUGGAUUUGUCUCGCUUGUGCCCGCGCAAUGCGGCCACCGUGGGCGACCGCGGCCCUUAUGCAGCGGUCUACUACCUCUGCAGGGGCACUCGCGUCGGCUUCCACUUUCAGACACGAAGGACGCAGAUGGCAGAAUCUGUGGACUCUGAAUAUGACGAAUCCAUCGCCAGCAAAUUGGUGAGCGAGUUGGAGGGCAAGGUGGUUCACGAGGUGGUGGCCGCUGGCAAGGAGAAGCUCAAGGGCUUCGGUGGCGGUGGUGGCGGUGGCCCUGUGGCUGCCACAGGUGGAGGCGCUGCUGCGGCUGGCGGUGCUGCGGAGAAGAAGGAAGAGAAGAAGGUGGUCGAAGAAGAAGAGGAGGAAGAGAUGGAGUUCGACCUCUUUGGCUAG